AUGGGAAAGGAGAGUACGGACAUACAGACACCAGCUGUGGCUACAGAGACCCGGGUGCCAGGAGAUAAUCCUGGGAAAGUAUCCGGAGAUGUUUCCCGGGGCCCUGCCCAGUGGCAUUCAGCAAGGUGGCCUUGCCCGACACACAGGGUGAGACGCUCUGGGCUGUGCUUGGCCUCGGUCCCCCCCAUCAGCGACGAGCGUGAGGGCAAGUCCAUGUCCUGCUUGCCCUACUUCAACUGUCGUCAGCAGAAGCCCAUCAAGAAGCUCUGGGCUGAGAAAGCUUUUCGGGAGGAGAUUCAGAGUUUUCGGGAGAUAAUGAAGACCUUUCGGGAGAAGAUCAAGGGCUUUCGAGAAAAAAUCAAAGCUUUCAGGAUGGCCAUCCAAGCCUUCUGGGAAGAGGAAAAACCUAUUUGGGAGGAAGAAACUGCCUUUCGUGAAGAAGAAAAGGUUUUUCAAGAGGAAGCAAAAGCCUUCUGGAGGGAGUAUCGCGACUUCUGGAAGGAAUACAAUGCUUUCUGGAAGAAGGAUGAGGAUUUCUGGAAAGAGGACCAGCUCCUCUGGGAGAAAGACAAGGUUCUUCUGGAUGAGGACAGAGUCCUAUGGGCAGAAGAGAUAGCCCUAUGGGCAGACGAAAAAGCUCUCCUGGAGGAGGAGAGAGCUUUCUGGAAAGAAGAGGAAGCCCUCCGAGAAGAUGAAAAGACCCUCCAGGAAGAGGAAAUAUUUAUCUGGGAGGGAGCCUUUGAUCCCGAGAGAGAAGAUCGACUGCUUCUGGCUGUCGCUGUUGUUGCUGAGAGUCACGGCCCCACUAGCUGCAGAGCAAAAGCAUAG